UUUUUAACAGCAUCAAAACUUCCCCAAAACAAUUCCCCAAGCAGCUCAGUGAUUGUGGCUCCUUUGCUUGGAAAGAAAACAAUGUCCAUUUGCUUUAGUUCAUAAAGCUGCUAACUAUGAAGAAACCAAGGGAAAAGUUGCUGCUGGGUAGUAGCUUACAUCUUCUGAUACAACUGUUCUGUUCUUAUGUCUUAUGCCAGCUCAGGAAAAUGAAAAUUUAGAAAAAACAUCUGCCAAAUAAAGAAGAUGGGAGCAAAUAGCAGCAGCAUCAGUGAGCUUCCAGAAAAUGAGUACUUACAGAAACUGUCGGGAUCAGAGCCCAUCUCUGAGAAUGACCCGUUCUGGAAUCAGCUUCUGUCUUUUAGCUUCACCACUCCAACAAACAGUGCUGAUUUAAAGCUCUUGGAAGAAGCUACAAUCUCAGUCUGCAAGUCUUUAGUUGAGAAGAAUCCUCGAACAGGAAACCUUGGAUCAUUGAUUAAAGUCUUUCUUUCUAGAACCAAAGAGUUGAAAAUUUCAGCAGAAUGUCAGAACCACCUCUUUAUCUGGCAGGCUCACAAUGCACUGUUCAUUAUUUGCUGUUUGCUGAAAGUAUUCAUCAGUCGAAUGUCAGAAGAGGAGCUGCAACUUCAUUUUACUUAUGAAGAGAAAGCAGGACCAAGCUCAUAUGGAGCAGAGUGUGAAGACCUCAUAGAAGAGUUGCUGUGUUGCCUCAUCCAGCUCAUUGUUGAAAUUCCCCUCUUGUACCCCUGUCAGCACACAGACAGUAACUGGUGGAAAUGGUUGUGCUCAUGGUACAGGGGAAGGUACAGUGGAGGUGUCACUUCAGCUCUGGGGUAUGCAGUAAGAGAUAUUACAUACAGCAUUUCUUUGGAAGCCGUGACAACUCUCAUUGUGUUCCUCUCCUGCCAGUUAUUCCACAAAGAGAUUCUGCGAGAAAGCUUCAUUCACAGAUACCUGAUGCAUGGUCGAUGUCUCCCAUACACGAGCAGACUUGUGAAAACUUUGCUGUAUAAUUUCAUUAGACAAGAGAGAAGCCCUCCUCCAGGGACCCACGUCUUUCAGCAGCAAACAGAUGGAGGAGGACUGCUCUAUGGAAUUGCAUCUGGGGUGGCAACUGGCCUGUGGACAGUGUUCACGCUGGGUGGGGUGGGCAGCAAAGCAUCAGCCCAGCUGGAGCAGUGCUCCCCUCUGGCCAGCCAGAGCCUGCUGCUGCUGCUGGUGCUGGCCAACCUGACUGACACUCCAGACACCCCAAACCCCUACAGGCAAGCCAUCAUGUCCUUCAAGAACACACAAGAUAACACUGCUUUUUCAUCAUCAAAUCCACACGCUUUCCAGAUUAACUUUAACAGUUUAUACACAGCUUUAUGUGAGCAGCAGAAAUCUGAUCAAGCCACUCUUCUCUUAUACAUGCUUCUGCAUCAGAACAGCAACGUGCGGACCUAUGUGUUGGCACGGACAGACAUAGAAAAUCUGGUUCUGCCAAUUCUUGAAAUUCUGUAUCACGUUGAAGAAAGGAAUUCACACCAUGUUUACAUGGCUCUUAUCAUUUUGCUGAUCCUCACAGAGGAUGAUGGCUUCAACCGAUCCAUUCAUGAAGUGAUACUGAAAAACAUUACUUGGUAUGCUGAGCGUGUCCUAACAGAGAUCUCACUUGGGAGUCUUCUGAUACUGGUUGUGAUAAGAACCAUCCAGUACAACAUGACACGGACAAGGGACAAAUACCUUCACACAAAUUGUCUGGCAGCCUUAGCAAAUAUGUCGGCACAGUUCCGCUCGCUUCAUCAGUAUGCUGCUCAGAGGAUCAUCAGUCUAUUUUCUCUGUUGUCUAAAAAACACAACAAAGUGCUGGAGCAAGCCACGCAGUCCUUGAGAGGUUCCUUGGGUUCAAACGACUCUCCACUUCCUGAUUAUGCGCAAGACCUGAAUGUGAUAGAGGAAGUGAUCCGAAUGAUGCUGGAGAUCAUCAACUCCUGCCUGACCAACUCCCUCCAUCACAACCCCAACCUGGUGUACGCUCUGCUCUACAAGCGUGAUCUGUUUGAGCAGUUUCGGACUCACCCCUCCUUCCAGGACAUCAUGCAAAAUAUAGACCUGGUGAUCAGCUUUUUCAGCUCCCGAUUAGAGCAAGCUGGAGCUGAGCUGUCAGUGGAGCGAGUUCUGGAAAUCAUCAAGCAAGGAGCUGUCGCUUUGCCCAAAGACAGGCUGAGAAAGUUCCCCGAGCUGAAGUUUAAGUAUGUGGAGGAGGAGCAGCCUGAGGAGUUCUUCAUCCCCUACGUGUGGUCCCUGGUGUACAACUCUGCCGUGGCCCUGUACUGGAACCCCCGUGACAUCCAGCUCUUCACCAUGGACUCGGGCUGAGGGACACCCUGGCCAGGCCAGCCCCGCUCCAUCCUACAGGAAUCGAACCUCUGCACCCCUUACGACCUGACCCCCUCCAACUGCACCCUCCGACCCCAGAGCCAGUGUCCAGCCCAGCCUCGUGCUGGGACAGACUGGUGUGGGGCACUGAUGGCUUGUAGGCAACCUUGUGUUUAUAGUCCGUAACCUAGAGCUUUUUUGAUGAAAAUGAGGCCUUACACAUGGGGUAUGAUGUUACUACCAACCACAAACCUGAUCGUCCUUUUAACUUAACAGGCUAAAUGAGAUUGCAGGCUUUGAUUUAGAAGCAGUGUUUGUAUUUUUGGCUCUUCCAAGCGGGCAGCUUCCUUGGGUCAAGCUUUUUGUGGUCUCUUGGAUGCUGCCAUGGGGUGCUUGUUACCUAAUCCUUGUUUCCACUCACACCCCUUUGUUUCUGUGGCCCUGUCAAGGCUGCAGCCCUUAAAUUGCUGUCUGUGCUGUCAUCCGAGGGAACUAAGCAAACAGCAUCUUAAUCAGGUUAGCUCCCAGGCAGAUUCAAAACACUUGAUUUUGAUGUUUGUGGGAGGAUUUUCAAUAGCAAGUCUUUUGUUGUUGUUGUUGUCUGACUGACGAAUACUCUCCAGGGGGCAAGAAACACCUGCUUUCGGAGUCAACUCCCUUACAGACUUGUUUUUUCUGUGCUCCUGUGCAAAAUUGUUCCUGGAAAUUGAACAUGUAAGCAAAGAGGAGAAAAAAAAAGUCCAAAGAAAAUAAUUAUAAGAUUGUAAAAUAGACCAGUGUCCUGUAAAUCUAUGCGUCAUGGUGACAGUGUGUUUUGGGGAUCCUUGACAAAACUGUGUGUUGAAAACCUCCUCUUGGCUUUUAAAGUUUUAUGGCAGAAGUAUAAAUUUAUCUGAAUGUAGAAUACUGCUCUCUUUUUUGGUUGUUUUCAAGUGCCCUUUCCUGAUAUACCUGUUUCAGCAGUAGGAAAAGCAAAAGAAGUGGUGUGAUUUUGAAAGAAAUCUCAUUUUUCAAAGUGGGGAUCGUAUUUUGGGGAUGCCUGUUGCACACAUGUGCACCCACUCUCCUCAUCCCACGUGCUGCUGUGUGGGGGGACUGUCAGCAGUGCAUUGCAUGCCAAAUCUUAAAUUUCAAGGAAUUAGUUCUUGAAGAUGCGUGGCAACCCUCUGUAUUCACUGCCUGCUCCAGCAUGUUCUGUUUGUUGACCUGAGGAAUUGGGUGCGUUUGCUUUCAGAAAGUCCUUUGAAUGGCUUUAAAUAGAAUUUCUUGCACCGUUUCAUCCCUCUGAAGGAUGUGCUAAGAUUGUACUUUCCUUUUAUCUGCUUAUUUAGAAACAGAAGUCCAUUUGAGUCCUACACAAAUGGAAAUGCUGGCUUAUUAAAAAAGAAAAAAAAAAACUUUCCAAAUUUAUUUAAAUAUAGCUGCAAAGGGAUAUAUAGAGCCCAUGAGCAUUUAGGACUUUGCAAUGGCAGAAGCUUUUGAGAAAAGACGAUGGUAAGAUUGGAGAUGCAGUGUUUUCUUUGGCAAAUAGGAGAAAUUAAUGAACUAUGACUGAGCUGCACAUAAGUUGAUCUGUAUUUUGGAUUUAUUCUGUUUUGUUUUGGUCUUUAAGCAAACGUCAAAAGGGGAUAACUAUUCUUGGUUACUGUAGUGAUUUGUAAUUUUGUCUUUAUUAAAAGACUAAGAGUGUUUGUGAGUCAACAGGGCUGCCCAGAUUUGGAAAGGUCAGUCUGAAGAUGCACUUUUAAACCGUGGAUUCUAAAGCUGCUGGGCUGGCUCAGUGUUCAUCUCUUUUAAACACUCCAGGGUGAGCAGAACCAGAGAGGCCCUGCCAGGGCAGACACUGCUCAGCCAGGUGUCAGACUGCAGAAAACCUGAUUUGUCUGUGAAAGGGCUUUUGCAAGAGAGGAGCACAUAGAGCAGCAGUCUGACAGAAUAGGUCCGACAGCUGCUGAACCAACAUCGGUGUCGCACAGAAAAUUCUCUCUCGCUGUCCUCCCGUUGUGGUGACACUGAGGUGCAGAGGGUUUGUUCUGAUGGUGUAAUUUCCUUGUGUGUUUCACAAAAUACCCUGCUCCCGGGUCCCAGCUGGUUUGGAACAACUGGAGUUGCCAGCUAAAGCCAAAACAGCAGAGCCAGACCAAGAUUUAGGAAGAAAACCAUGCUGGCCCCAUUGGCUCUCCCAAGAGCAGGAGCGUGACGUGGGCCUGGCAGUGUCCUGACAUCUGCAGUCUGGUAUGGUCACAAAUACUCUGGUGUUUUUCCUUCACCUUAGGGAUCCUUUUCAUUACUUUGUGUGAAAGAUUUAUUAUGCAUAAUUACAAAAAUAAAAAAGAUGAAACAGUAAA